AUGACAGAGAGGGUUUCUGAGCGUUCUCCCACGGCGGGAACUUCCCAAGUCCCAGAUCCGAGAUCACAAGGAGACGAGAGAAGUUCAAGCUCGUCGCGGACAACUCUUUCACCCAAGCCCCGGGAUCAUGACUUCAACGACAGAGCUGAAAAGGAAUCUGCCUCUUUGGAACUUACUGAUGAGACCGACCAGCAUCAACAGGCUGACAUAACGGACACACAUCUGGCCGGCUGGAAAUUUGCAAUCCUCAUGAUUGGAUUGGCUUUGACGUGCAUUUGUGUAGCAUUGGAUAACACAAUUAUUGCGACCGCGAUCCCGAAGAUCACCGACCAGUUCAACUCCCUCGAUGAUGUUGGAUGGUACGGAAGUGCUUUCCUGCUCACAAACUGCAGUGUGAGUCUUGUCUAUGGCAAGCUGUACACAUAUUUUUCCAUCAAAUGGGUGUACCUUGGUGCGCUUGGCAUCUUCGAACUUGGGUCAUUGAUUUGCGGGAUCGCCCCUAAUUCCGUGGCAUUGAUAAUCGGGCGUGCUAUUGCAGGAGUGGGAGCUAGUGGGCUCUUCUCGGGGUCGGUGCUCAUCGUUGCAGACGCGGCACCUAUUCGCCAAAGACCAAUCUGGACUUCCGUCAUCAGCGCGAUAUUCUCGGUUGCCGGUGUUGCUGGGCCAAUCAUCGGUGGCGCACUCACUGAUCAUGCUACGUGGAGGUGGUGCUUUUACAUCAAUCUACCACUCGGGGGCGUUUCCGUUCUCUUCCUUCUGUUGCUUUACAAGGCUCCGAAGCCAGUGGAGACCAGAGAUCAGUGGAAAGAGCUACUCAUGCAGUUAGAUCCUCUUGGUCUCUUCUUUUUUAUGCCAUCAAUGAUCAGCCUUUUGCUCGCUCUGCAAUGGGGUGGUUCCAAAUACGCCUGGAACAGUCAACAGGUAAUUGGACUAUUUGUGGGCUUUGGUCUGAUGCUCUUUGCUUUCAUCGCUGUGCAACUUUGGCAGCAGGAGCAGGCUAUGGUCUCGCCUCGUUUAAUCAAGAACCGAAACAUUUGGGGUGGUGCACUCUACAUGUUUUGCACCACCGCAGCAUUCAUGGUGUAUACGUACUACCUCCCAAUAUGGUUCCAAAGUGUCAAAGGUGUAUCGGCAACAAAGUCUGGCAUCCUGAACUUGCCCAUGCUCUUGGGGGCCGCAAUAUCCUCGAUUAUAACUGGAGGCAUUGUCAGUAUGUUCGGCCAAUACGCGCCAUUUUUAUACUUCGGUAGCGUGGUAUCGGCCAUCGCUGGUGGCUUACUCACAACCCUUCAAGUCGAUUCCGGCCACGCCAAAUAUCUUGGAUAUCAAGCGAUGUUUGGGAUUGGCACCGGAUCUGCAAUGAUGCAGCCCUUGAUGGCAGUACAGGCUGCCGCCCCUCCAAGCGAUAUUCCCAGUGCUACUGUCAUUGUCAUGUUUAUGCAGUCGAUGGGAGGUGCUAUCUUCAUUUCUGCUGCGCAGAAUCUCUUCCACAACAAAUUGUUGGAGAAUCUGACCAACAGUCUUCCCGGUGUGGAUGCGAAGAAAGUGGUUGAAGCUGGGGCAACAAUGCUUAGGACUGUUGUUCCAAAGGAAAUGUUGCCCACGGCUUUGGCGGCGUACAGCUCGGCUAUCACGUAUUCCUUCUACCUUGCGGUGGCGUUUUCAGCAUUGUCUCUGCUUGGUGCCUUCCCCAUGCAGUGGCUUUCCUUGAAAAAGAAGAAGGCUUAG